AAGAUUUGAAACUUCGUAUUUCAUUGAGAGACAAUAAAAAUCAUUUGUUUGAUAAAUUUACGUCACUUAAAAAUAUUUCGACAAGCAGCAGCUAUGAUAUGGCUUCAUCUGAUCGCAGUAAUGAAACUGACACUGAAAUGACCUAUGAAGAAGAUAUGUUUGGGCCGUACAUGAAAAUGAUUUCCAAUAGUACGAAACUUCCAUUGUUCACAACGAACAUCACAAAGGUCGAAAUUGAAAACGAGUCUCGCAAGGGAAAGAUUCUCUGUAACGUGCUCAGUGUUGAGGACAACGACUACUGGUUCACACGAGAAGGGAAACGCAUAACGAAUAGAGAAAUAUAUCGUUACCAGAAGAAUAUAUAUCUGAGAAUAAAAAAGAUCACAUGGCUGACGCUAGGUGAAUACGUUUGCUGGGCAAGAAACAAGGCGGGAGAAGUGAGCAGAAUAAUAAACGUUGUUGUCGUGGACUCACGUGUAGACAAGAUCACUAAAGAUUUUGCACCCGUUUUUCUAUUUCCGCAUUUGAUAAAAAAGAAACACAAGUACUUUCCUGUUGGAAAACGGUUUUCAAUGAACUGUGAAGCUAAUGGACGACCUUCACCAAAGGUGCAAUGGUACAAAAACGGUCAACUUAUGUCGUAGAUGCCGGAUGGAAAAAACCCUCUAGCGAACGAUACACAAGUAUUAAUAUUUCACGAUGUAAA